AUGGAAGCCCCUUCGUCAUCUAACCAACGGGUCCAGCCCAACUUGCAAACUGGCUUGGCGCGGCCCGAUGUCCUUUACUUUGGGUACGGUAGCAACAUGUGGCUGGAACAAAUGGAGAGAAGGUGCCCCCAGAGCACGUAUGUCGGCAUCGCGAUACUGGAGGGUUGGCGAUGGAUGAUCAAUGAGCGUGGCUAUGCGAACGUUGUCCCCUCAGCAGAGGAUCACGUCUACGGGUUGGUGUACAAGCUGAGCGAAGAGGAUGAAAAGAGCUUGGACGUAUACGAAGGUGUCCCUUUGGACUACAUCAAGAAGUUCAUGGCCGUCAAACAGUCGGGCAGCGCACCACUGUUGAACAAGGAAUUCAAUACCUUAGUAUAUGUCGAUGAAAUUAGGUUGCACGACGACUUGCCACGAACGGAGUACAUAUAUCGCAUGAACAUGGCUAUCAGGGAUGCCUUGAAGGAAGGCGUGCCACCGGAGUACAUGGAUAAAUACCUACGCCCAUUUAUACCUGCAAAUGCUUAG